CUUCGAUUGCUCCCGUGAGGGAAUUCGAUUUCGCAUCACUCGUCUUCCGCUAGGGUUUGUAGUCCCUCCGUUUUUUGCGUGCCAAACCAAGAGGGAAAAAGAGGAAGUUUGGCUUCCUUUGAUGAGAUAUCCAUGAAUCGAGUAUGCUGACAACUUAGACGGUGAGGACAUUUCUUGUAAAACCACAAGAACAGAAGCAGCAUUUGAUUUUGUUUUUUAUCUUCUGAGAGUGAGGAAGCAUGAGUCACCUUUGUGAUUUCUGUGGGGAGCAAAGAUCUAUCGUCUACUGCAGAUCUGAUGCUGCUUCUUUGUGCUUGUCAUGUGACCGCAAUGUUCAUUCUGCAAAUGCACUUUCUCAGCGUCACUCCCGCACUCUUUUGUGUGACAGAUGCAGCGCACAACCUGCUGUUAUAAGGUGCACUGAAGAAAGUGUUUCACUUUGCCAAAAUUGUGAUUGGAAUGGGCAUGGUGGGUCAGCAGUUUCUUCAGGGCAUAAAAGAGAGACAAUAAACUGCUACAUAGGCUGCCCGUCGGCAGCAGAGUUUUCAAGAAUUUGGUCAUUUUUUCAGGAGCUUCCUCAGAUAGCUGAGUCCAAUUGUGAACAGGGCUUAGGUUUGAUGACCAUCAAUGAGAGCAGUGUUAGUAAUUGUUGGGCUUCUCCAGAAAACAGUACUUUGGACGUAUCUGGUGGGGGCAAAAUGGAGGAACUGGGAGCUGUCGAUAAGUCCAGUGCCUUGAUUGGAUCAUCUUCAGGGUCUGCAAUGUGUCCUAUGCCCUGUACUGCUGAUCUGACAGCUGGUGCAGUGGAUUUAACUACACCUAAGCUAUCUUGUCCUGGGACCAAAGAUUUUGAAUUCUGCAAAGAUGAUAUUUACGAAGAUCUCAAUAUGGAUGAUGUUGAUUUGACAUUUCAAAAUUAUGAAGAACUUUUUGGUGUAUCUCAUAACGAAACAGGCCAUCUUUUUGAUGAUGAUGAAAUAGAUAUUUUUUUUGAUACAAGGGCAACAUCUGCUGGCAAUUCCAACAGCCAGGGUGAACUUGUUGGAGAGGCAUCAUCUGCGGGGCAGGUUAAGCCUAUGCAGGCAAUGUUUAGCAAUGCAGUCUCUGCUGAUUCUGUGAUGUCAAAACCAGUAAAAAAUGCAGAUUCAAGUCAGUUUUUUCCAGCACGUCAAGCUUGCUUUAGUCUAUCCCUUUCCUUUUCUGGCUUGACUGGUGAAAGCAGUGCCGGGGACUAUCAAGAUUGUGGUGUUUCAUCAGUGCUUCUUAUGGGUGCUCCUCCAGUGUUCGGAGCUGGACUUGAAAAUUCCUCAUUACCUAGAGGUAGCAGGGUUAGUGCUGUGAUGCGUUACAAAGAAAAAAAGAAAGCACGCAAGUUUGAGAAAAAAAUAAGGUAUGCUUCUCGCAAGGCUAUGGCUGAUGUAAGAAAGCGGGUGAAGGGCCGGUUUGUCAAGGCUGGUGAAGCUUAUGACUAUGACCCACUUGCACAGACAAGAAGCUGUUGAGAGCAAAACAUUAUCAUAGUAUAAUGUAAACAUCAGUUGAUAAAUACUUGGGGAAAAUGAAGACCGACAUAGGUCAUCCUUCCCUUGCCAUUAGUAUGUUUUUCAGCCUAUUUAAAGAAGUUAAAAGGGAGGAACAAGAAAGGCAGCAUGAUUGAUGGCUGAAAAUAUGAGUUGCAAGUGCUCAGUCCAUGUUAAUUUGCCAAGGAACAUUCUGGCAUUAUGAGUUCUUGAUCCCCACAUGGGCCAACAUCCUGAUCCUGUAAAUGUCAGUUUUCAUUUUGUUCAAUAAUGAAUGGGAUUGUAUAUAUUCUAUGAUUGGGAAAAGAAGGCCAGCACAUACUGGUUUAUUCUGCCUUGAAUGACCUGGUAUCCAUGCUCUUCCAGAUCCUGAUCCUGAUCCUGUAAACAUUUUUUUCUGACUCCGUCCGAGGUCAGUUACCCUCCUAUGGCAUGCGACAGUGUCCCCCGGGGUUAGGUUUCUGAUUCGGACAUUGGCUCCAUUCGCUAUAUCUCGUCAUGUUAUAUUUUGUAUAGUGUGUUGUAACCGAAAAAUAGCAAUUUGUAUCCAUUCAAAUGCAAAAGAAAAUUUUAUA